GGGAAGGGGAGGGGAGGGGAGGGAUGGAGGAGGAGGAGAGCAGAGUAGUAUGACGAGAGGACUGACGAGAGUGCUUUUCUGGUCCCUCUCGCUCGGAAAUGCCCGUUCGUGCGUGCUUGCAGCUCUUGGGGGGUGGAGGGGGAGCUGGGAACGAUUGUGAUCUUUCUGGAUAAUUGACCCAUCUAACGAAUCUAACUGUAAGUCUAUAUAUGGACAAAAUUCCCCCCUUCCACAAAUCGCUCUUACUCCCCCCCGCUCGCCUUCACCUUCCCCGGCUUCUCAUUCACCUCCUCCUCCCUCGGGGACCUGCCCGCGUGUCGAAGAUCCAUUAGCCUGUAGGCAAAGUUUGUGAAAUGUUGGUUUGGGCGCGUGCCGUGGACUGAUUCAUCGAUUCAUCAGCCUCCUGCCUCGCCUUGCCUCCUCGAGUCGUGUGUUUGUCGCGCUUGCGGUUGCAUAUGAUCCACAGAGUCGUGCUGGUCGAGUUGAGUUUUGGACACGUAGAGAGUUGUGUUACUGUGAUUCGGAAUUUUGAAUCCACCGUAGAGGACAAGGUCCUGGAGGACCGGUUCGCUCGUGUUAUUUGGCGGAGGUUCAUCUCGGAUUCCAUUGCCAUGCAUCCCGUGGGAAGUGUGUGAGACGUAGGCACUGGUACAGUCCUCAGCUUGGAGCUCAUGCCGCGAAGCAGAUCCGCCCCUCGACCAAGUGCAUGCUUCUGCGGUUCUUAGCCUUUGCGUCAGGAGGUUCGGACGAUAGAUCCUCGGGUCUGAAGGUUUUCUGGUUGACAAAGAGAGUAUCAAUUCGCUGCCCUAGAACAUCAAGGAUCGACUGCUUGCCGAGGCCUUUUCUGAUCUCCGAUCGCGGCUUCAGGGAGUGACGGCUGAACGAGAAAGCUCAGGAGAACAUCGAGUGAACAGGAUUUUGACUUGAAUACAUCGUCAUGGUGGGCGCUGUGGAGGCAGCGAGUGCCUCGACGCAGACCUCGCAAGGGAAAUGGGGACCAAUUGCCUAUUCUACAGAGGCUGUGGUCGUCCUCUUGAUCACUGCAGUGCUGAUUCAGUUGCGGUUCUCAUCGCUUUUGCCCAGGAUUGCUGUACUGGUGGCGAAGGGUUGCACAAUUUUGGGCAUUUCGGAUUGCGAGUCUACAAAUAAAGUUGUUCCAGUACUCGAGAAGAAAUCGGAGGCCGCGCAGGCCAAGGUUCUGGGGCCCGAAAUAAAAAGUUUGGAGUGGGAAGCGGCAAGGCGAGAAACUCGUGCUCGGUUCAGAAGCCAAAUCAAUGAAAUUCUCGGAAUCUGUGCUGACGAGGAUGUACCCGGAUUGAAGAUUUCAGAGGCUUUCGAAGUAAAUUCAAGAGGGUUGGAAAUCUUCACCAAAAGUUGGGUGCCUGAAAUUGGUCUUCCAAAAGCUUCCGUUUGCUUUUGUCAUGGAUAUGGGGACACGUGCACCUUUUUUUUUGAAGUUGUUGCAAGAGCACUGGCAGCCAAAGGCUUUGCUGUCUUUGCUAUGGACUAUGUCGGAUUUGGCAUGUCUGCUGGUCUUCAUGCCUACAUUCCAGGUUUUGACCGGCUCGUGGAAGAUGUUGCUGAACAUUACUCCUCAAUAAAAAAGAGAGAGGAGUUCAGUCAUCUGCCGCUAUUUUUGAUGGGGCAAUCUAUGGGUGGAGCUGUAGCUCUGAAAGCACAUCUGAAGUUUCCAAAUGUCUGGGAUGGUGCUGUACUAAUUGCACCAAUGUGCAAGAUUGCUAAAGAUAUGUACCCACCCUGGUAUACCAUAGAAAUUUUGAAGCUCGUUGCGAAAUUGAUUCCGAAAGCGAAACUUGUCCCAAGUGGAGAUAUCGCAGAGAUUGGAUUCAGAGAUGUGGAGAAAAGAGCACAGGCUAUGCAGAACAUGAUUGCAUACACUGGUAAACCUCGACUUGGUACAGCUUUGUCACUGCUGAAUGCAACUGAUGAGAUUGAAAAAGAACUACAUAAGGUAUCACUGCCUUUAUUGAUUUUACAUGGAGCAGCUGAUAGAGUUACAGAUCCGGCCGUGAGCAAAGCUUUGUAUGAGAAGGCAUCUACAUCAGAUAAGACGCUUCAUCUGUAUGAAAAUGCUUGGCAUGCGGUGUUAGAAGGUGAACCCGACGAGACUGUCAAUCAGGCUAUAGAUGAUAUUGUGAGAUGGUUAGACGCACACUCUAUAAAGAACACUAUUUGAAUUCGUAAGAGUAACAAGUAGCGACAUAUUCUACUCCUCUCAGUUGACCUACUACGACAACUUAGAAGCUGACAAGAAUACAAAUUUAACCAUCAACAAUCUCUACAGAAGUAGGGCCUUGUACAGACUAAUAUACUCUCGACGGCCCCGGUCCACGUCUGGGGUAUAUAGAAUUAUCUCAGCUUAAAGCUCGAGGGCAAGUACCCGCACAACUUGUGAGACGAAGGAACGCUCUUCACAAUGAGCCUAGCGAGUUAAUGUAGUGUACAUUAUAUUAUGUAUUAGUAGGAAACGGGAAGAGAGGUUACUGAAAAUGUAGAGUUCAAGCCUCUCACUCAAACCAUUGAUCGAUUUCCAAAUUGCACAUGGGCUGGUUAGCCGUUUGAGCAACUAUACAAUCUUGUAGCGGAGAAGUUUCUGUCAAAAUCAUAAGCUACCAUGGCAGAAUUGCCAUUAUUCUUCGU